AGACUUAAAUGGCUUCCAGAUCAGAGGAGGAUCUCUGCUGUCCAGUCUGUUAUGACGUCUUUAGAGAUCCUGUUGUUCUGUCAUGUAGCCACAGCUUCUGUAAAGACUGUCUGCAGAGUUGGUGGACGGAGAAACAAACACGAGAGUGUCCACUUUGUAAGAAAAGAUCUGCAAUGGACCCACCGUGUAACCUGGCCCUAAAGAACCUUUGUGAGGCCUUCUUACUGGAGAGAGAUCAGAGAGCUUCAGGGGCUCUCUGCAGUCUGCACUCUGAGAAACUCAAACUCUUCUGUCUGGACCAUCAGCAGCUGGUGUGUCUCGUCUGCAGAGAUUCCGAAAAACACUGCAACCACAGAAUCAGACCCGUCGAUGAAGCUGCACGACAACACAAGAAGAACCUUCAGGAAACUCUGGAGCCCUUGAAGGAGAAGUUAAAGGUUUUUGAACAAGUUAAAGUGAAGUGUGAUCAAACGGCAGAACACGUGAACGUCCAGGCCCGACGCACGGAGACUCGGAUUAAGGAGCAGUUUAAGAAGCUUCACCAGUUUCUAGAAGAUGAAGAAGUGGCCAGGUUGGUUGCACUCUGGGAGGAAGAGGAGCAGAAGAGUGAGAUGAUGAAGGAGAAGAUGGCGGCUCUGAGCAGAGAGAUAGCAGCUCUUUCAGACACAGUCAGAGCCACAGAGGAGAGGCUGAGAGCUGAAGACGUCUCUUUCCUGCAGAACUACAAGGCUGCGGUGGAAAGAGUCCAGCAGCGGCCCCUGCUGGAUGAUCCACAGCUGCUCUCAGGAGCUCUGAUAGACCAGGCCAAACACCUGGGAAACCUGAGCUUCAACAUCUGGAACAAGAUGAAGGACAUGGUCUCCUACACUCCUGUGAUUCUGGACCCAAACACUGCUUACCCAAACUUCAUCCUGUCAGAAGAUAUGACCAGUGUGAGACUAGGAGAGGAACAGCAGCUUCCUGAUAAUCCAGAGAGGUUUGAUUUUCACUUCUCUGUCCUGGGCUCUGAGGGCUUUAACUCAGGGACUCACAGCUGGGAUGUCGAGGUCGGAGACAGUACGGCCUGGUUUCUGGGCGUGUUAGCAGAGUCUGGCCAGAGGAAGGGAGACAUAGAGUCUGAAUUAUGGGGAACAGGGUUCUGUGAAGGUGGAUACUUUGCACGAUCACCAUCAGAUCCAGACACCGAUCUGGUAGUGCAGAAGAAGCUCCAGAGGAUCAGAGUGAAUCUGGACUGGAACAGAGGAAAGCUGUCGUUCUCUGAUCCUGAUACUAACACAGACAUACACACCCUCACACGCGCUUUCACUGAGAGGAUGUUUCCAUACAUUAACAUUGCUGAUAUAGUGAAGAUAUUACCAGUGAAGGUGGGUGUGACAGUGGAACAGAGCAGUUAGAGAUCAAGAGGAUGAUUAUAUU